AUGCAUUUGACAAGAGAAUGUGAUCUAGAAAGGUUAACCCAAGCUUCUCAGACUAGUCAUUCUCUCUCUAUACCAGAAGUAUAUGAAGAAUGUAAAGAAAUUUUUGGAGAAGAUCAGGAGCUAAGCUCUGCCAAAUUACUUAAGGAUUAUUCUGAAAAGAAAGAGCUAGAUUACACUAAGGUUGCAAUACCUUCUUCACAAAAUAGGAAGCUCAUACCAACAUUUACUAAGUCAAAGAAAUCAUUGAUUAAAAGACAAGAAAAGUGUUUUGAGGAAACUACAGCAAUUUGUACCAAAGAGGGUCAACAUGUGGAUAAAAAUGUAUCUAGAACAGCAAAUACUGUCCAUAACCCAGUUACAUCUGCAGAAUCAUCAGUGACAAAAAUGGGGAAUGCUAGAGAUCAAAUAAUCCUUCACUGUGACGGAAUAAAUGAAAGACUAGAUAUAAAAAUACAAGAUAAAUAUGAGAUUAAAAAAAUAAACAAUAAUGAUGUUGCAAUAGGAUUCUCAGAUUCUCAGCAAGAAGCAGGAAUUGAAGCAAAUUCACAAGCAAGCAGCUACAAAGAAGAAAUACCACAAAAGCAAGUUUCUUUUUCUCUAUGUGUAUCAAGUAAUAAUGAUGUGAAUGAUUCUGAAAAGAAAGCUCUCCCUAUAGAGCCACUUAAGUACCAACUGGCGAAGCAGAUGAAUGUAAGCAUGUUGCCAGAAGAUAAGAGUAUUGACCACAUUAAAAGUGGCCAAAAUGAAGAAGAGCGUCUGGAUAGUUCAGGCACAAAUGUGCAACAAGAUAAAUCGAUGCAGAUUAUCUUGAAAGCAGAUGAAACAGAUGACCCUAGCUGGAUGAAUAAUGGAAAGGGGAAAGAUUCACGUUAUUCCGAGUGCAUAGAUAGCCAAACACAAAAGGCAACCAAUGUGAUUCAACUCCCAGUUAUUGAAGAUAUAUUAAUUCCUACAUCAGGAAAAUUUAACAGUUCUCCAUGUACAACUAGUGUAAAUAAACAGAGAAAUGCCAAUGUCAAAGAAAUAGAGGGACUUCCAGAUAAAAGUGGAAAAACUGAAGAACAAAAUGACAACUGUACAUGUAGCAAUGAUGAAAUUACUGCACCUGGAGCCUCUAAAUCUGAGGUACUGAGUAAAAAAGCUUUUGAUCAGCAGAACCUCGAAACAAAUGGCAAACCUGUAGAGAAAGGUAUUGGAAGCACAGACUCUUGUAGAAAAGAUUCAAUUCCUGCAGAGCAAAAUAGCAUCAAAAACCAAGGUAUUUCUGGGGAAGACUUUCUGUAUGUUCAGCCUGUUGAUCCCUGUUUAGAAAAGGAACUGGGUCAUUCUGAACCAAUUUGUGACCAGAUCAUUUUAAAAGACAGUCUGAUUUCCCCACAGUUUAAUGAGGAUGUUUUACCCGAAAGGAGAAAAAUUUAUUUGGAGGAUACUGUUUGCAUAAAAGAGAGCAUUUAUAACUCGACUGAACCAAAUGUUCCUACUCUGCUGAUCCAAAAAGAGAAUACAAUUUGUUCUGAACAUUUGAUGUUGAAUAUGCAGCAAUCGGAACUCAGAGAAAAUAAUUUGAUUAUAGACAAUAUUAUGAAUGCAUUGCCAAGCAGACAUGUUGUUGAGAAAACAGUGAAGGUUUCCGAGGCAGAACCAAAACCAAGGAAAAAUGUCUUCUUUUCUAGCAAUAUCUGUAUGGCAGAUGAAGAAUCAGCCCAGCGUGAAGGAAAUGGGAGCAGACUCGACCAGGUGGAAAGCAACCUUCAUUCUGAAGAAAUUCUUCCACCACAGGUGUUGGGUGACCCCAAUAAGGAAGUUAAUGUGCAGUCAAAAAUGCAAGGGUCUUUUGCUGAAUAUGGGCCAGAUUCCAGCAUCAGUGCACCAAAUGAUCUUGACACGGUAGCUCAAGCAUAUUCUCCUUGCCCAGAUUCCUUUUCUCUGGAUCUGGAGUCUUUGCCUAACACUCCAUUGGAGGGCGUCCUGGAAAGCCAUGGCGUUGAAUUUCAAUCGCAGAAAACAUGUGUUCUGAAUGAUUUACAGACAUGUUUCAAGGACAAAAUUAAUCAGUAUACCACAAGGAAACAAGGAGAAAAUAAAAUCUCACCCCCUGAUUCUAGUGAAGGAUAUGCAAAUAAUGUCAGAGAUGAAAUGAUUUGUGAUUCAUCCAAACAGGAGGAUGCAACAGAGGUUGUUUAUGGAUUAAUUAAAGAACUGUCUAAUCUCAACCGACUGAUCAUGAGUACACACAGAGAUCUGGAUUCCUUCAAGAGACUGAAGUCUCGGAGAAACAAACAACAUGGGAGGCUCCUAUCCCACGGCAUGAACAAUAUGACAAGUAUGGCUUACACAGUGAAAAAGAAGAGAGAAUUAUAACAAAUAGAUUCUGUUAUUCCCUCAAUAUUUAUAAGAAUGUUUGGCUCUACUCUUUGGCAGUUCCUUAGCUAUGUCAGCCUAUCAGGAGGCAUGGUGUUUAUUUUCAAACCAUCACUUAUUUUUCAUUUCAAUAAAAUAGUUUAACAUAAAAGUAAAUUUUAUCUUUGUUUUAGCAUCUAUCUGGUUAUCUCAACUCUGAGAAGAAAUAAAGCUAAUGUCCUGAAAUAACAAGACUUUCCCACUACUUUCCCAUCUCUUAAGAUGCAGCAUUGUUGGGAUGUUAACUCUCUCCCAUGAUUUCUUUAUGCAAAAGUGUAGCAUAGCUGUUGCUUUUUAAAUAAAAGUAAAAAAGCCUCAGUCACACCACAAAAUACUACAGACAUUAUGUACAACACUUUGGUUUAACUAUUUAAUAGUUUAUUGAUAAGUUAGAAAAGCUUUGUGCAGUGUGAUUCCAUACAAAUAUAUUAGCUUUAUAAUUGCCAUAAUUCCAUAUCAUCAGGUAGAUUAUUAGAAAUCUAAAUAGUACAAAAUUGUGGAAGGCAAGAUAUAUUCACUUUGUUGGGGGCUGUAGGGAAAUCUGAAUCCUUUAUUUUAGCACACAUCAAACGAAAUUGGACAUUUUUAAAUAAUACUGAUUACAAGGCCAAAGAUGAGCAUCUAGAUGUCUCCUACUGAAACAAUUGUGAUGCUCCAUUUUAUUUUGCAUAAUUUCUUGUUUUCUACACAAAUUUUUUGUGGAUUUAUGUAUUUUUUAAAUUCCAUCGUCAUACCUACUUUUUUACUCGAGUUAAAGAAAAAUAUUCUGUAUUCAUACAAAAACAAUAACAAUAACAGUACAAAUUUAAAACCAAACAAUUGGUUCACAAAAAUAACUUGUAAAACAAGUAUACUUUAAACAAUUACAAACUCAUAAAUAAUAUACAUGAGGAACCUUAAACAAACAAGUAAACAAAUAGCAUUCAUGUUAGUUGAAUGCAGAAGAGAAGACUGAGGAUAUCAUAAAAUUAUCUUGAAACUCAAACAGUUGUAACAAAAUAUGAACACAGGUGGAGGAAAAACGGAUUUCUUGAUAUCAGAUGUGCUAGUGUUGGGCAUAUUGCUUAUAUCAGAUUUGUUACCUAGUCCUUUCUGCAUUACUUUUUAAGUUGUUUAUAAAUUGAUUUCUGAGCACCAGUGACUCCACGUGAAUGAUUAGUCCUACAGUCUCUCCAUUCUUCAGAAAAGUGCUAUUAUGACACCUGAAAGAAACAAUAUAUAUAUCAUUAAUUUCAAUAA